AUGAGUCUGGCUAUAGCAUCCCAGAUCAUCGGAUUCAUAUCCUUUGCCGUAACGCUGGCAACGUUAUUGGGUGUCUAUCGAGAUCUCAUAUCGACGAUGCGCACGGCAAAUACAACUAUUCCACUCAUGCUAGGAAACCUUCGUCAGGAGCUCGAGGAAGAGCGGGCACUUCUUCGUUACCGCUGUCUUGAGGGCGAUCGAUACGACAUCUUUCCUUCGCUGCGCAGACGGACCCGCAAACAAAAGGAAGUCUGCAAGCUUCUUCAGUCAACAGUCGACAAGCUAUGGCAAGAAUUCAGGAACCUGGAGCGUCCCUUCCUCAUCAGAAAUCCAGCUCGCGCAGAGGAGGUCCACAAGGGCGAUUACUGGGGCGCCAGCGACCUCGACGAGAAGGCCCGUGGAAGGCCCGACAGGGUGAAAGACAGGUGGGACGAUGCUGAAGCUGGACUGCCAUCAGAUCCCCAACAACGUUACUACCGGACAGAUCUUGCGCAUCGCUUUAUUUGGUGA